ACCUUUGUUUUUAUGUCAUACAAUUUUUUAGGAUGCUAUGAUUAUCGAAAAUGUUAUUUAUAUCUUGCUUUGCAAGUCUUUUACUUGUUGCCUCAAAAAUUCGAGGAUAUGAUGUUGAAGAAGACGACACAACAAUUAUCGUGCCAGAAUCAACUUCAGGACAUUGCUUUCUAGAAAACAGAAGCCUCGUCUUAGUAAGCACGAUAGACGGCAAAUUAUCAUGCCUAAAUGCUGUCAAUGGCCAGCUUCUGUGGACAAUGCCUGCAUCUUGGCCUCUAAUAUCAUCAAGCAUAAGUACUGUUAAGAAUGUUAAAGAUAUUCAAGAUAUACAUUUUAUUCCGUCAUUGGAUGGUAAUUUGUAUAAAUGGAAUGGAGAGCAACUUGAGAAUGUUCCAUUAUCAGCAGAUUUCUUGCUUGGAAAAAUGAAAAAGCUCCCCGAUGGUAGUUUUGUUGUUGGAGGAAAAGAAAUAGUAAUUUAUGGUGUCGAUCUUUCCACCGGCCAAUUGCGUUAUGAAUGUUCAACGACUGGCUGUCAAUCAAGAAGUGCUGGAAUGAAUAUUGAUGAAAAAGAGAUUUUGUUACUGCGCAGAGAGCAACAGACAAUCAGAGUUGUUGAUCAAACAUCAGGAAUGGAAAAAUGGAAUUUUUCUGUUGGAAAAUAUGAAAUAGAUUUUGCUGGUCAGAAUCAAAAUGAAGUUCCAUUUGAAUCGUUUUGUGGGACAAAUAUCAACCAAGAGAACUCACUGCACUUCACAAUGCAACAAGGAAUCAUUACAAACUCUGAUGCUUCUUCUUUCUGGUCAUUUAAGUUUAAUGCUCCAAUUACUAGUGCAUGGAAACUAGAGAGUAGUACACUAACACCGAUUGAUAUCCUUAAGUAUGGUGUGUUGGAUGGUAUUUCAAGUGAAUCAGUAGACACAGAUUCCCUGAUGUAUCUGGGUAUACACGAAGGUCAGAUGUAUAUACAGCAGCCGUCCCAGGUUCAUCAAAAACAGGGAAACACAUUUUCAAAUGAGCUGGAAGUCAUGCAGCAUCCACGUUUGACAACAUGGAGGCCCUUUAUAUCCACAUCAUCUUCACGUACACCCACAUUGAAUAAUGACAAACAAUUGUCCGUUCUUCAUUCACUUGAUUAUCCCUUCGAUAAUGGUUUUGUUCUUGUUUCAAAUUUUAACGCAACUGCAGUUACUGUACAUAGAGAGCAGACAAAUGAUUAUUGUACAAAGGACGAUGCUGAUAAAACAUGUAUAUACGAAAAUGAAUCGAAAACACAGAUGCCAGAUGAAGUGUCAGUUCCCUUAUCAAUUACUGAUUGGUGGAAGGAAAUCGUCAUUUUAUCUAUUGUGAUUGCUAUUGGUAUUAAUCUUGGAGCAAGAGCUGUUAAAAGAAGACUCGUGGCAAAAGAGACGAAAACUCUUUCAGUAACCGAGGGAAAAAAUGAGGUCGAGCUUGACGUGAGAAAACGAUCAAAAGGAAGUUCUGUUUCCAUAGCAACAGAUACAACUGAGAUUGUAGGUGCUUCAACUUCAUUAAAUUCAGAAUAUACUUCAAGAUAUCUAGUUGAUUUUGACCACCUUCAGUGUUUGGGUAAGGGAGGCUUUGGUGUAGUGUUUAAAGCGAAGAAAAAGAUAGAUGACUGCGAAUACGCAAUUAAACGUAUUUACUUGCCUCGAUGUGAAGAAGCAAAAGAGAAAAUGAUGCGUGAAGUGAAAGCUCUCGCUGCACUAGAGCAUCCUGGGAUAGUUCGAUAUUUCCAUGCAUGGUGGGAAGCGCCUCCACGAGAUUGGCAAAUGAAAACAGACAAAAAUCAUCUAAUACGCGAUCUCCCUAGCACUCCUUCGUAUGCGCUUUCACAUGACUGGCUAUUAGAAGUGCAUAGUAUUUUUAGUAACGAUGUGGAGGAGUCAGCUCAAAACAAUAACAAAGAUAAAAGUGAAUACAAUAAAGCGAGCAGCAAUGACUUACAAAGCAGACGAUCUCCUCGCAAGAAAACAAAUAGUGAUGACCCGCUUGGUAAAAGAUUCAACUUUGAUACAGGCGUUGAAGAAGUAUUUUCAGACGAAACAAAUAUUAAUUUGUUUGAUCAUAACGAUGUAUUUUAUCCAGACGAUAAAAGUGAUUGCAUCGAUUUUUCCUGUGGUAACGAGGAUAGUUUUGAUAUCGUAUUUGAGAAAAGUUGUAAUUCGAACAAUUCUCAUAAAGAUGAGUAUUCUUCACAUGCUGAUGACGUCACUAAUAAGAAGUGUCGGACUUUAAAAAGAACCAAAACGUUAGUUGCGAAUGGUAGUACGAACACAGUGGAGGAGAGCGAAGAAUCGACUAGGCCGACAUCCGAAAAGAAAUCUAGAAGAUUUGUUGGAAAAUGCUGCACCAGAUCGAGUACUUGCCUGACUGAGCCUCCACUUUUCUUGUACAUCCAAAUGCAGUUAUGUAAGCAAGCUACUUUAAAGGACUGGUUAAGCGAGCGAACCUCUGCUAUUAGUUUAAAGCGAAGUAUGGAUAUUUUUAUGCAGAUUGUUCAUGCUGUUGAUUAUUUCCAUGGACAAGGAAUGAUGCAUAGAGAUCUGAAGCCAGCAAACAUAUUUUUCUCAUUGGAUGGUUCUGUAAAGGUUGGUGAUUUUGGUCUUGUCACUGCAAUCACCAGACCCUCUAAAGGAAAACAUAAUGGGAAGUGUUUUGUUGAUGAAAAUCACACUGGUCAAGUUGGUACGCAGUUGUACAUGAGUCCUGAGCAGGCGACAGGACGACCGUACAGCCAGAAAGUAGACAUAUAUUCUCUUGGUCUCAUCCUCUUCGAAUUACUUUGUUUCUUCUCGACGCAAAUGGAAAGAAUGCAGCUGAUAUAUAGAAUCAAGCAGGGUAUACUACCUGAAGAUCUAACGGACACUCCACAGGGAGAAUUAGUCAAACUUUUAACAUCUGAAGAUCCGGGCGACCGUCCUGAGGCUAAAGAAAUACCUUUUGAGAAUUCAUUACUAAGACAAAUUAAUAUAGAGCUGGAAAGUCUUUCAGACGGAAAGUGAUUUAAAGUAUUACACUGUUUAAAAUUUGUAUAUUGUUAUUUAUAAAAUUUUCAGAUAAAAGAAGUUUAUAUAUAUUGUACAUGUUUUAAAGGAAAAAAAUAUUUUGAUCAAUCAUUUUUAUCA